AUGCCUUUCGGAUUGAAAAAUGCCGGAGCAACUUACCAAAGGCUUGUCAACAAAAUGUUUAUGGACCUCAUCGGCAAGACAAUUGAGGCUAGGGCAGCCAUCAAGGGUCAAGUCUUGGUUGACUUUGUGGUAAAAUUUGCCAAUUUACCCGAGGUAGAUGAAAUCAUGGAACACGUCGAGCCCCCUACGUGGAACUUAUUCGUCGAUAGGUCGGCUGGGAAUGCCGGCUUAAAUGCUAAAGUUGUCCUCAUAAGCCCUGAAGGUCACAAACUGAACUCAGGGGUGAGGUUCGGGUUUAAAGCCACCAACAACGUAGCAAAAUAUGAGGCACUUCUCGCAGGCCUCAGGCUGGCCAAGGAAAUGAAAGCAAAGAGACUACUCAUCAACAGUGACUCCCAGCUAAUUGUUAGCCAAGUAAAUGGUAACUUCUCAGUCAAGGACAAAACGAUGGCCUCCUACUUAAAAGUGGUGAUGAACCUCAUCCCAUCCUUUGAAAAGUUUGAACUAACCCUGAUUCCUCGCAUCGAAAAUUCUCAUGCGGAUGCACUCUCCAAGCUCACUAGUAGCAAGGAUUCAGAACUACUCACAGUAGUACCUCUAGAGUAUCUCCUCCUGCCGUCAACCGAGGUCCCCAAUGUAAUGUGGGUUGCUGGGACUCCUACCUAG